UGCCUGUCGGCGCAGAACGGGGAGUCGUCCCCCUCGGCGGCGUCUGCGGGGGACCUGGCCCACGCCAACGGGCUCCUGCCUGCCGCCCCCUCCGCCGCUGGCAACAAUAGCAACAGCCUGAGUGUCAAUAACGGGGUUCCCGGCGGGGCCGCCGCGGCCUCCGCCACCGCCGCCGCCGCCCUGGCCACCCCCGAGCUGGGCAGCAGCCUCAAGAAGAAGAAGCGGCUCUCGCAGUCCGAUGAGGAUGUCAUUAGACUCAUAGGACAGCACCUCAAUGGCCUGGGGCUCAACCAGACUGUUGACCUCCUCAUGCAAGAGUCAGGAUGUCGUUUAGAACAUCCUUCUGCUACCAAAUUCCGAAAUCAUGUCAUGGAAGGAGACUGGGAUAAGGCAGAAAAUGACCUGAAUGAACUAAAGCCUUUAGUGCAUUCUCCUCAUGCUAUUGUGGUAAGAGGCGCACUUGAAAUCUCUCAAACGUUGUUGGGAAUAAUUGUGAGGAUGAAGUUUUUGCUGCUGCAGCAGAAGUACCUGGAAUACCUGGAGGAUGGCAAGGUCCUGGAGGCACUUCAGGUUCUCCGCUGUGAACUGACGCCACUGAAAUACAAUACAGAGCGCAUUCAUGUUCUUAGUGGGUAUCUAAUGUGUAGCCAUGCGGAAGACCUACGGGCAAAAGCUGAAUGGGAAGGCAAGGGAACAGCUUCCCGCUCCAAACUACUGGACAAGCUUCAGACCUAUUUACCACCAUCAGUGAUGCUUCCCCCACGGCGUUUACAGACUCUCCUGCGGCAGGCGGUGGAGCUGCAGAGGGACCGGUGCCUCUACCACAACACCAAACUUGACAGUAACCUAGAUUCUGUGUCUCUGCUGAUAGAUCAUGUUUGUAGUAGGAGACAGUUCCCCUGUUACACUCAGCAGAUACUUACGGAGCAUUGUAAUGAAGUGUGGUUCUGUAAAUUCUCUAAUGAUGGCACUAAACUAGCAACAGGAUCAAAGGACACCACAGUUAUCAUAUGGCAAGUUGAUCCGGAUACACACCUGCUCAAGCUGCUUAAAACCUUAGAAGGACACGCGUAUGGUGUUUCUUACAUUGCAUGGAGUCCAGAUGACAACUAUCUUGUUGCUUGUGGCCCAGAUGACUGCUCUGAGCUUUGGCUUUGGAAUGUACAAACGGGAGAACUAAGAACAAAAAUGAGCCAGUCUCAUGAAGACAGUUUGACCAGUGUAGCCUGGAAUCCAGAUGGGAAACGCUUCGUGACUGGAGGUCAGCGUGGGCAGUUCUAUCAGUGUGACCUGGAUGGAAAUCUUUUGGACUCCUGGGAGGGGGUGCGAGUGCAAUGCCUAUGGUGCUUGAGUGAUGGGAAGACUGUGCUGGCGUCUGACACACACCAGAGGAUCCGGGGCUACAACUUUGAGGACCUUACAGAUAGGAACAUAGUACAAGAAGAUCAUCCUAUUAUGUCAUUUACUAUUUCAAAAAAUGGCCGAUUAGCUUUGUUAAAUGUAGCAACUCAGGGAGUUCAUUUAUGGGACUUGCAAGACAGAGUUUUAGUAAGGAAAUAUCAAGGUGUCACACAAGGUUUUUAUACAAUUCAUUCAUGUUUUGGAGGCCAUAAUGAAGACUUCAUCGCUAGUGGCAGUGAAGAUCACAAGGUUUACAUCUGGCACAAACGAAGUGAACUGCCGAUUGCGGAGCUGACAGGGCACACGCGCACAGUGAAUUGUGUUAGCUGGAACCCACAGAUGCCAUCUAUGAUGGCCAGUGCCUCAGAUGAUGGCACUGUGAGAAUAUGGGGACCAGCACCUUUUAUAGACCACCAGAAUAUUGAAGAGGAAUGCAGUAGCAUGGAUAGUUGAUGGCGAAUUGGAGCAGACGACUUCUGUUUAACUUAAAAUUAGUCGUAUUUUAAUGGCUUGGGAUUUGGUGCAAACAGACAUGAUUGAUAGCUGGACAGACAUGCUCGUCAUGAAAAAAGAACCAUUUCUGAAGCCCGAUUGGGGCCAAACCUUUACACCUUGCUUCAUAGUAUCCAGUUGAUGAAGCUCAUCAUUAGAACGUUGUUGGACACCAUGUUGAAUAUUCCCCAUCGGUUGUGAAGAACUAUACUGCAUCCAGGCUUACCCAUUGAACUCAGUAUAUAUAUUUUUUCCCUCCUGCCUUUUGUCUGGUGGGAUACCAUACUUGUUGCUCUUCUGUGUAAUGAAGUUCAAAUGCUUGUUUGGAAACUUUAUUUAACAGUUUAGAAGGCGUGGUAGGAGGAGUUCAUUAGUCUGAAGAGUAUACAAUGGACAGGAAAGAAUUUUCCUUUUGUUUCUCCAAAUCUUUCCGCCUUAUUUAGCUUGAGAUCUUUGCAGCUUGGUUCAUGGAUCCUAGCCUUGCCCGUUGCGCAGUAUAUACUGAUCAGAUGACAAACCAGUGAACUAUGUCAAAAGCACUCUCAAUAUUACAUUUGACAAAAAGUUUUGUACUUUUCACAUAGCUUGUUGCCCCGUAAAAGGGUUAACAGCACAAUUUUUUAAAAAUAAAUUAAGAAGUAUUUAUAGGAUUAAAGUGACUUCAUUUGUAUACAUUUGGAAUCUAAACCAGCUUAAAAAAACAGUUUCCUCUGUGACUCAGAUAUGCAGUGUAACUGAUGCUCUUCUGGGGUACCACCUGAGACAUGGCAUGGUCAGAAACAGUGCUCAGAAGGACAUGGCACAGGAAAGCCAGAGAGAUACUCUGAAGUUCCCCCUUCUUAUUUUAUUCCCGAAGGGACAUCAGUAUCUGAUGUUGAAGAAAUUCAAGAUUCAAAAGGAGAAUUUUAUAAAUACACCAACAUGAAAAAUCAGCUAUCAGUCUAGGUUUUCACAAAAGCUUGUUCCAAGUUCUUCUGGACUUGGUGUGAUCUAGUAAAGUAGAGAUCAGAAGAUAGACCCACUUGGGGAAUUUAUAGUGUCGUUGAGACUUAGAAUUCAGCAGGUUACAAACAUACGUCAACUGGGAUUCAAACCUCAGUCAUUUCUCCUAAUUGCCCUUAAUGCCCAACAUAUAGGGACACUGGAAUUUAACAAAGAUUCCUUCUCAACUUCUCAGAUGUUGCCAUACUGAACCUCAUUCAAACUGGUGCUGUGGACAGUCUUUCCCUCUCCUCCCCCUUUUAGUUUAAGGGAUGGUUUCCUUUAUGGAAAAAGGCUCUCAUUUUGAAGACUCUACAUCUAAUGUCUGAUGUUCACGGUGUUUUUAAACCCCACAGCUGCUGGGUCUAACAGUCUCUCUUGAAAUUCCCUGUUUUUCAGUAGAGGAUGAUCAGGGUGACCACAGCUAUUGGAAAGAGAAGUGGAAUUACUCCCAAAGUAAUAUCCUGGGGAAGAAAAAAAGUCUGGUAUCAAGUUGCCCUUGAGGCCAAGCCAAAUUCCCAGCAUGCUCACCAUGAUCACACCCCUCAUGGCCCGAGAGAGGAGCGAGGCCUGGAGUGUAGGGCGCAGGAGGAGGGAUAGCAGCAGGGAGGGGAAGCCAGGAGAAGGAAGAAAAAGAAGACACAUUUGGCCUUAAAGUAGAGUUCAUUCUCCCAAAGCUCAUAGUGAGGAAAUGAAAGGUUGUAGUCAGCGAUGAUUUUAUCAAAUUGGUGUGUAAAAAGAUUACAUCAAGCUUCAUUUUGCAGAGACCACCACUUUAGAAAACCAGAGAAAUCCUGUUUUGAUACUUCUAAGUUAAAAUAAUAUGUUACCGUUUAUCUGGUACUUCAUUUCUUUACUAAAUUACUUUUCACUUUAAGCUUGAAUAAAAAUUUUCAUUUGUAACUGUAUAUAAUUAAGUGACAACUCCUCUUUACCUCAGUGCAGUUCACACCGUAUUUUGAUUGAUAUACCCUGAAGCCAUUAACACAUACACCCAGUCUCUACAGUAACAGUCACUCACAAAAUAGGGGCAUAGAACUCCACGGCUGUUUACAGAUGUGGAUACAUUGUACUGUUUGGUACAUAUGUAAUGUUCCUGAGAUUUGUGCCCACUGGGCACAAAUUCUACCAGUGUAUACCAAGCCACGCCUAGAUCUGAGUUUUCACAGUGCUUGUGAAGUACAGUUAAAAACACUUAGAAGUAAAAACAUGGACUAAAAUGAGGCACACUUUAAAGUGGAGUUACAACUAUGCAAAGGUGUUCAUAGCAGCUAGGGGAGUAGUUUCCAGGUCUCUCCUAACUGGCAGUUUCCUCUAUAUGCUGGUACUUCACUGUGCCAAUUUGCCGGAAGCAUCUGUUUCAUAGAUUUACCAUGAAGUGAGUGUGUUAGAAAGGUGGGAAGGAGGGUGAAGAAACCUAGCUUUUAUGAUGGAAGAACCUGGUGGCAGGAUUUUUCUAACCCAUAGCUAUUAACUGAAAAUUUCGGACAAUGUGAUAAACAUAAAGGCUUAAGAGGGGAAAUUCUGUCAAGCCAGCCACAAGAUACUAACCAAUGUAUAAACUGAAAAGUACCAAUACUUUUUGCACAUAGAUCAAAAUAGUGGAGAAUUUUGGCUCCAAAAAUCAGGUUAGUAGGCUCAAUUCCGUGUGCUUAAAAAUGUUGUUGUUGUUGUUAAUGCAUUGAUUAAGGGCUAGAGCAAGAAUGAAAUUAAAUGUCUUUUUCCUCUAAAUAACUGGUUAUUAGUGGUGAAGUGUUGGACUGGGGGUCACUGAGGUUGGUGUGUGGGUGGUGAGAAGAGGAGUUAGAGCGGAGUUAGUGGGGGAUGGCAAGGCUUCAGGUGUGCGUUUGUAUUUUAUUAGCAUUCGUGCCAUAGUAGUUUGUUGCUCUUGCUGGCCAGACAAAUGUAUUCUAGUAAUCCAGGUAAGUAGUUGAAAACAGGAGAUUUUAUUUGCAAAUAUCCCCAUGUAUUGGCCCAUUUUCUUGGGUGGGAGAACAAGAAAGGAAUUCUCUGACUAUAAGUAAUGAAAACAACCUGCUAGACCAACCAAGAGCAGUCUCCGUAGUCUGAGAAGACAAGCAGGAAUUGAGCAAGAUUAGUGGUUAGGAGUGUUCUACCUUGCCUGGCAUUCUAUGGCAUUAAUAGAAAAUUCUUCUUCCCACCCCUCCCCGCCUUGAAAUCUUUUUUAGGACGUUGGUUCCUGCAAACAAGAACUGACCCUCUGCCUCCCAGUGGGUAAAUGUGUCGCACAUCUCUUGAAAGGGAACAUAUCCAUGUCAUUUACUUUACAGCAGAAGAAUGGGGAGGAAAGAAGAUAAUUUGUCUUAAUAUCCUUUGUGUCCCAUUUUUUUAAAAUAUAUUUUUACCUAGUAAUUUUACUUUAAUGUCUCAGCCUUCGGCAACUCUCCCUUUGUUUGCUGGCCAAAGCAUUACCUCCAUUUCCAAACCCAUACCUGAUUUCACUUCAACUGCUAACUUUUAAAAGAGGUGAAUUUGCAUUUACACUUAGACACUUUGUAAAAACAGGGUGAACUUAAUCUAAUUUUGCAGUGUUGAGCUAUUGUUACAGUAGCUGCCCUAGAAUUGCAGAAACAAGCUGUAAAAACCCAUCCCUAUCUACUUGAUCCAGAUAUCCUGGAUUUCAUGAAGUUAGUCGUAUAAAAUUUUGUGUGCUUGAGAAAGGAAGAACUUGAUUCAUACAAUAUCCUAGAAACAACUUCUAGGUUGUCAUUUUUACUGAAAGUCUUGUGCACAUGUAAAGUGCCCUCUCUUGAGUUUAAGACUUGGUUAAUACUUGUCUAUUUUUAUAAGAAUGAAAUUAAUUGUGUCCCAUCUUUGACUUAGACAUUUAAAUUAUCAGGAUCAAUAUGGUAGAAUUAAAUCAUAACAUUUUUAGGCUCAGAGGGGGGGUGUUAUUGGCCUCUUGAUAGUAAGAGAGUGAGUGAGAGAGGGUGUUUGUGUGUGUGUGUGUGUGUGUGUGUGUGUGUGUGUGUGUGUGUGUGUGUUUUGAGGGGAGUAGAUUGCAAAAGCAUGUAUGUGCUUACAAACCAAGCUGUAGAGAUCACAAAGAAUUUGGGUGUUGCUCUGGAGAUUUCUGAGCUAUGGAGAGUGAUACAGCCUUGUGCGAUGUAGCUCACACAGCUGUUGGUGUGGAGUAAUAGUUAACGAUGAACUGAUAGAUGUUUCCAGAGGAUUGUGUUCUUAAACUUUGGGGUUUGCUUUUUUAACUGCCUCUCAGAUUAUAUUUAGUAGUUGAAAUUUCUUUGUUUUAUUAUUUCAUUAAAGUAUAAAAACUUCAGGUCUCAUAUUUAUUUUCACUUGUUCUACUAAUUAUUUACAAGACACCUUUUGGUUGACAUUUAUUUUAUAAAUGUGUGGUAUAUUGAAUGUCUUUAAAUUUUUUUGUUUGGUUGAAAUUACAGUAACUUUGAUUUGCUUUACUUGGAUUUUUAAAUUUUAUUUUAAUUACACCUUUUCCAUGUCAGUGCACAGCACUUGCCCAGUCCUUUGUAUUCCCUUCUCUCAAUUCAAUAAACAGAAUGAGUAAUUAA